ACAGUUUCAAUUUAGAGUUCAAACCGUUAGCACCGUUCGGCGGAACAAAAUUUGUUCGACUUUCAUUUGGGCAAAAAAAAAACAAAAAUCCAAAAAAAAUUGUUUCUAACAUUUUCGAGUUCUUGAAUUUUCUCACAAGUUUCCCAAAUUUGUACCAGUUAGUCCUUUGAGAUUGAGUCGCAUCGCACAACAUGUCGAACACGUUUUCCUACUGGAAUGGACAGCCCGUGAAUGCACCCGUUUAUCCGCAGAUGGGUGACCUCUCGCAGCACUCGGCCGCUGGAGCAGCACCAGGAUUAGGAUUGGGCUCGGGAUCGGGAGCCGGCCUAGGAGGUUGGCCUGGCCAGGGAGCAGCUGCGCCACAAUCCAUGCUUCCCUUUGCCGGAGGAGCCGGCGGCAUGCCCGUGGGAGGCGGUGGACCGCGCGGUAUGCCCAUGCCCAUGCCAGGUGGCCAGCAGAUGGGCAUGGGUGACUCUGGGUGCAUGGGCAGCCACUCGGCGGCCAACUUCUAUGGCCAGGGGGGCAGCCCAUUUGAGCCGUGCAUCGACAAUGGCGAAGCCUUCUGCGCCUACAACGGCAUGGACAUGAGCAUGAACUACGGCGGAGGCAGUGCAUCCAAGGGCGGCUUCUGGUAGGACCUCACCAACCACACCAUACCCACUACGAACAAUGGCAGCACGAGCAUAUCUACUAGCAUCACAACAACAAAAAACACCAAUGGCACUAAACGGCGCAACAGAAUCUAGGGCCACUCUUCAAUUUACACGGGCACAACUUAUCUGGAUAUAUGUAUAUGCACGCAUCCAAUACCCUUUAGUUUAGUUUGUGCAGUUCAAUUAUAUAUUUUGAGUACCGCA